AUGGCGGCGAAUACAACAAUCGUCAGUUCUUAUCUCAUCUUGAUUCCGAGGGCAUCAAAAUUCGCUUCUCAUGUCCAUAUACCUCUCAACAGAACGGACAUGCAGAACGGACGUGCAGAACGAAUGUUACGAACUAUCAACAAUCUUGUGCGAGCCAUUCUCUUCCAAGCCCACAUGAAGCCAGAGUUUUGGGUCGAGGCACUACACACAGCCGUACACACUCUUAAUAUCCUUCCAUCUGCCUCCAUUUCUAACGCCAUCCCUUUUACCAAACUAUAUUCAAAACCAGUUUCUUAUUCUCACUUGUGUGUAUUUGGUUGUUUGUGUUACCCUAAUCUCUUGCCUCAAUCACAACACAAGCUUGCUCCAAGGUCCACGGCGUGUGUCUUUCUUGGCUAUCCAACAGAUCAUCGCGGCUACCGUUGCUUUGAUUUGUCCACCAGAAAGAUCAUCUUCUCACGUCAUGUGUACUUUGAUGAAAACACUUUUCCUUUUCAAAACUCCACCACCACACCGUCUAUCUUUUACGAUCCCUCUUCUCCUCCUCCUCCUCCGAUCCCUCGUCUCACUCUUGCCCCGUCUAAUGAGGCUACUCCUCUGCCUCCAUCUAAUGAGGCUACUCCUCCGCCUCCAUCUCCGGUACCUCCUCCAUCUCCGGUACCUUCUCCUUCUCCUUCAUCUCCCUCUCCUCCUCCACUGCCAACUCAUUCUAUGAUCACUCGAAGCAAAAAUGGUAUAGUCAAACCUAGACAACCUCUUUGCCUUCACACCUCUGUUGUUUCUCCUCUUCCUACUUCCCAUGUUCAGGCAGCUAACGAUCCUUAUUGGAACGGAGCUAUGGGUGAGGAGUAUAGCGCUCUUAUUAAAGCUAGAACAUGGGACUUGGUUCCAAGGCCAGUUGCUACUAAUAUUGUGCGUUCUCUUUGGAAUUACAGGCACAAGUUCAACGCACAAGGAGAGCUCUCUCGGCAUAAAGCGCGACUGUGUGCAAAUGGAAAAUCACAACAACAAGGCGUGGACUGCGAUGAAACUUUUAGUCCAGUGGUGAAACCAGCUACAGUCCGGACAGUUCUUCAUGUUGCCGUGGCGAAAGAUUGGCCGUUGCAUCAACUUGACGUGAAGAACGCAUUUCUCAAUGGAGACCUCGAGGAAACAGUUUACAUGUUCCAGCCACCCGGUUUCGUUGACAAAUCUAAACCCGAUCAUGUAUGUCUCCUGCGCAAAUCUCUAUAUGGCUUGAAGCAGGCACCACGUGCGUGGAAUCACAGGUUUUCAACUUUCGCCAAAACCAUCGGUUUCUCCCAAAGCGUCAGCGAUCCCUCACUCUUCAUCUACUCCAAAGGAAAUCAACUGGCGUACUUGCUUCUCUACGUCGACGAUAUCGUUCUCACGGCUUCAUCCCCUGCACUCCUCAAGUCGAUCAUCGCAUCUCUUCACAAGGAGUUUGAGAUGAGUGAUUCUGGGGAACUCUACUAUUUUCUUGGUAUCUCUAUCAAGCGUUCUGCUUCCGGUCUCUUGCUUCAACAACAAAACUAUGCCACUGACAUUCUCCAUCGUGCAAACAUGACUAAUUGCAACCCGUGCGCCACUCCUGUUGACACAAAGGCCAAGCUCUCACUGGAAGGAACCCCUGUUCCUGAUCCCACCUUAUACCGUAGCCUUGCCGGAGCUCUCCAAUACCUAACGUUUACACGACCAGACAUUGCCUAUGCUGUCCAACAAGUGUGUCUUUUUAUGCAUGACCCUCGCGAACCACACUUUGCUGCUCUCAAGCGCAUUCUCCGGUACGUCAAAGGCACUAUUACUCACGGUCUUCAUAUUGCUAAGUCACCAGUAGAUCAGUUGUUCGCUUACUCAGAUGCUGACUGGGCUGGUUGUCCAUCGACUCGUCGCUCCACCUCUGGUUUUGGAGUCUUUCUCGGUGACAGUCUCAUCUCCUGGUCUGCCAAACGCCAGCCCACUGUCUCUCGGUCCAGCGCUGAGGCUGAAUACAAAGCUGUUGCCAACGCUGUCGCUGAAACGACAUGGAUCCGUAAUCUUCUUGGUGAAAUGAAGUGUCCCCUGUCCAAAGCCACGAUCGUCUUUUGCGAUAACAUUAGCGCAGUGUAUCUGUCUUCUAAUCCUGUGAAGCAUUAA